AACCGAGCCCAUAAUGAAACCAAAAUAUAAACAACAGUAACGGCGAUGGACACAGAUUCUCAGCUUUAUCCACUUCCAAGAAUAGCACAACGAUCGAGCUACGAUAAACCAACCAACAACUUACCCAUCAAUCCCCACCUUCAGUACCAAAAUCAUGGGACCUCUAAGCGCCGGAAACAUCAUCAGAACCGCCGGUCGAGCAGUUUCCAGAGCCGGCGUCGCCAGUGCCGGUGUCGCGAACCGACCUUCCUCUCCGAAGUCCAGUUCCCGAGCCACGCACCGGCACGGCGGUUCCGCUAAUUUCCACGGCCUGUCGUUGAGCUCUUCUCUUAGCCACUCUCCGCUUUCCGCCGGCUGGCAUUUCUGCAAUCCCUACUGCGAUGAGUUCGAGUGGAUUUCUGAGGACGGAAUCGAGACCGAAAACAUCGCUAGGGUUUCUGAGGAGGACGCAAAUGGAUGGUCCGUUCCUUCCUUGGAUGAGGUUCAAGGCGCCGUCUCUGCAAUUAACCAGGUUUUUGGCCAAGAGAAGGAUGAACUGGGUCGGGUCGGGAUGUAUACGGGUUUGGUAAACCGGGCUUCUCCAGUUGGGUCGGAGGUGGAUUGGAUUGAGCCGUGUUUGGAGCUGCAAUUGGGCGCGCGUGGCGUUGAAAGGGUUUAUGAUGCUUUUCAAUUAUUGCAGACUGACCCUUCAGUUCAGAGAAUGGUUAUGUCGGUAUCAUCGGAUAAAGCGGUUUGGGAUGCGAUUAUGAACAAUGAAGCUGUGCAACAGCUGAGGAAGUCAUUCUACGAAGCAAAAGACGACACUGUCGGGAAUUUGUUGGAAAGCUCUCCCGAUGAUAAGGGUUCCGAUGAACCGACAAACGUCGUGGUGUGGAUUUUGAAGAACAUGAAGGGGAGAGUGAUGGAAGUAAUUGAGAGAAUGAGAGAGGUGAUGAAGCAGAUGUUUGAGAGUGGGAAGGAUGAUGAUGGUGAUGGGGAGAAAAGGAGAGGAGAAGGAAGGGAUGUGUUUGAGGAGAAGCUUAGAACAUCGUUCUUGAUAUCCAUUGUUGUGCUGCUUGUGGUGAUGGUGAGUCGAGCUCAUACAUAAAGUAAGGCUUUCCUCCCAUGAAUUUGACGACAUCAAAUCUUCUUCUUUUUUCUUUUUCUUCUAAGUUCUGAACUUUCUUUUAACUCAAGUUAUAUGCAUAUUUUUGUUCAUAUGUUGCUUUUGUAGGACGUUUUUAGUGCUCUGUUUUUAAGAAAUAGGAUUUUCGAGGUACUCAUGUGUGAACGCAGAUUUCAUAUAGCUCCUGAACUACA